AUGCUAUGGCGGGAAGAGACAGAGUUGAAGAGAGCCAUCUAUGCAUCUUUGCAAGAGACUAGACGCAGGAAUUGGGAGGAGGAUGAAGAAGAAGAAGAGGAAGAAGAAAAUGGAACACAAGAUGAGAAAAAAGAGAGCCCCCCUGCAGAAAAUGGACUUGAGAGUCCCAAAAAAGCCAAAGUGCAUGCUCAACGCAAAUUUGCUCAAGGUUCCACCCCAACCAGUCCUGUGCCCACUCCCGUCAAGGUGGUCCCUUUUGUCAGUACUUCCACUAUGGAGCUUCUGCCCUGCAAGAGGCCCAAGACUGAAGACUUCCUAACUUUUCUCUGCCUUAGAGGUUCUGCUAUUCUUCCACCUUCUCUUGAUUUCCUCAACUCCAGCUCAAAGAGCGAUACCAGUUCUGAAUGUCGGAGCCUAAGUCCAGAUCCUGAUCGUGAAGGAUAUAAAGAGGUCCUCUCUGACCCCAAGGAAAGACGGAUAGAAAACGGGGAGAAUGGUUACUCAGGAAAGCAUAUGUCCCACAAGGCAUCCUCUAAGAAGCUAUCAGAAUCAUUACAUCCCUUAAAAAAGUCUCACCUGGUGAACUCUAAAAUUAGCAAAGAAUCUCAAAUUGUCAAGAAACGCAAGUCACGAAAUGAAGCUGAUAUUUCCUCUAAUGCUCGCUUAAAAUCUUCAUCUGUGAAAACAAAACCAGUUGUAUUAACUGCCCUCCAAGAAAAAUAUAAAAAACAGAGAUUAGCUGCAGAUAAAAGAAAGUUGCAGCCCACAAAAGUAAUCUCUUCCAACAAGAAAGGCCUUGUUACAAGGUCACAAAGUGUCAAGAAGCAGAUAACUGUUAUUACUAGGAAGCAAAUAAAAACAAAAGAUUUAUCUCCCAUAAAAACUAAGAAGGAAACAACCCAAAAGAAGCUUGCUGUAGAGAAGCGCAAAUCCCUUCGAUCUGCUGAUCCUAGGAGAGAACUGACUAGAAGGCGAUUAGCUGCUUUGAGAAAAAAGACACCAUGGUUAAGACGAGCGAAAUUAGUACCACCCAUUGUGGAUGUAGAUUCUGACAGUGAACCAGAAGUCAUUAUUGCUAGUCCUCCUAAAAAAUCUUCUCAAACUGCUCCCCCUCCAAAGAAAGAAAAGUCAUCCAAUGAUCUAGAUCAUGUCACAGACAGACUCAGACGCAGAAAGGAAAUCGCCAAAAGUCGACCGCAGUUGUCUUCCAGGCAGUUGCUGUUGAGGAAGCACAUGCAGAAACGUCUGAAGGCCAAGAAAUCUGCCUUGCAGCAGAAGAACAUUCGAUCCAAGGCCAUUUUGAAGACUACUACUAAAAAAGCAAUCUUGAAAAAUGUGAGGAAGGGAGUUACUUUGAAGACUAUGUCACUUAGAAAAGACCUUCAAAACAAGAGGGUCACACGAAGUGCCAAGCACCAGAUUGAAGAAAUGCUGUGGGCCAAUCCAGAGAAGCGAUCAAAGACAAACAAGGUGUCUCCUCUAAUAAAAUCCAGUAAGACAAAAACAUCUUCACCUAUUACUGGAAAAAUAAGGACAGAAAAUCAGAAUAAAGAGUUUCAAAGUAAAAACAAAUCAUCUGGGAAAGAUUCUAUCAAAAAUAAAGCAAGCUUUGUUUCAGAUAAGUCACUCAAACAUGCCUCUUCUUCUGGUGUUGUAACUAGGACAAAAGAUGGGACCAAAACAGAGAAAAAAUUAGGGAGCAGCGAUAGUAAAUCUAGUAUGAUUAUAAGGUCUAGGUCACCACCUGUGUCUGCUAAAGCAAAGCAGACAAGUGAGGGAAACCUUAAGACAUCCGUGCCUCUUAAGAAAAUUGAUCGAAGGAGUUCAAGUUUAGAGAGACCAAGUUUGUCAGGUGUGACUAAAACAACUCUUCCGUCCUCUAAAACGAAGCAACAACCUUUAGUUGAAGAAAGUAGAAAAUCAUCUGUAUCUUCUGCUGCAAAGCGAGAAGACAAGAGAAGUUGUAGCCUGGAACGACCAAGCACAUCUGGAGCCAUCAAACCAUAUCUUUCCAGCAACAAACAGCUUUUAGUUGAAGGAACCUCAAGAACAUCCUUGCCAUCUGGUGUCAAAAGAGAAGACAGAAGGAGUUCCAGCAUAGACAGUCCUGGUAUGUCUGAUAUCUCUAGAUUGACUUCCAUUCAUGCAAAGGCUAAACAACAAGCAUCAAGUGAAGGGACUAUCAAAAUGUCUGUACCUUCUGCUGCUAAAAGAAAUGAUAAAAGGAGUUCUAGUUUAGAUGGAGUUAUGAAGAAAUUUGAUAGCACAUCCAAAAGAUGUUAUUCUGAUGAUGGUAAAUUUUCUGAUAGACUUGCAAAGUUAGAAAAUACUUUAUCUACUAAGCUUUCUGGUAUUGUACAAGCUAAUGAUACUAUUAAAUCAGAAAUAAAUAAAUCAAGUAUGAAAUCUAACUCGAGCAAAGAUGUAAAAGCUAAAGACAGCUCUUUAAAUAAUCUGGAAAUUACAAGUGUUCCUGGCUGCUCAAAAGAGACCAAUGUUCAAAACAAUUUAAAUCUUCAGGAACCAGAAAAGAGUAGUUGUAGCAAAGAUAUAUCAAAACUGAUAUCUUUGAAUGUAAGAGAAGAAGAGAAUUUAAUGAGCAGUUGUGAUCCGUGUUGUAGCAGUGAUACUGGUUUUGUAAAAGAAUUUAACAUAGAAAAAAGUAACUUGGUUCAAAGUAUUGCUUCAAAUGUUAAUGCCGUUGAAGAUAGGCCAUACAAGAAAACAAAUGAUCCGAAACAUAUAAAAAAAAGCAGUGUUAAGGAAAUUGGAAAACCUCAAAAAGAUCAAAACAAAACUAUAUCUUCUGAGAAAGACACAAAACAUAAGACUGAAGGUUCUGAUGACAAAUUAAAAGUUUUGUUUGAAAAUAAAAAUGAUAUAAAAAAACAAGAGAGCAAGUUGAGUCUUUCUACUCCAUCUUUAGAUGAACCCUCCACUUCUUCUAACUUCAGAAAGGAAACAUUCAGAUACAAAAUUCAAAGUAAUGAAGAAGUUGACAAAAAAGAGAAGAACAUUUUUGAUAAAGCAAGUCAUAAAAAAGAGUUCAAUGUUAUUAAGCAGGAAAAUGUGGACUUUCAAAAUAUUCCUGAAAAAAUAUGUAAGGACCAACUGAAAUUUGAAAAUCCAUCAUUCAGACCAGCAGCUUCAAAAUGUUCUAUUGGACCCACAGAAAGUAAAGUAGUGGCUAAUGGUCCAGACUGUGGUAAUAUAAAAGUUGAAAUGAAUAGUAACAGCAACAUUUUUGAAAGGAGUCCUCUGAAACCAAUUCAUAAAGACAAUAAAGAAAAAUCCAGUGAAGACAAAAAGAAUACGUUUAGCUCUAUAGUUGAGGAAGAGGAAGAUUCAGAUGAGUAUGAUUUGACUCUUGCACAAUUAAUACUCAAUAAUGAAUUAUCUGUGGUUGUAGUGGAGGAGAAAAAACUGAAUUGUGACACCAAACCCACCCAAGCAAUUAAGGAACGCAGAGCGUCUGAGAAAGAAGCACAAAAGUCAAAGAAAGAGGGAGAAUCCUCGAAGCAUAAGAAAGAAAAAGAUGGAUCUAAAUUGAAAAGUCAUGAUAAAUCCAAUAAGAUUAGCAAGAAAGAUUCUGGAAAAUCAUUGGCAAAGCUGUUAAAGAAAGAGAAGCUUAAAUCUAUUAAAAAGGAGGAAAAAUCAAGGCAUAAAAAAGACAAUUUUAGUAGCUCUAAGUCAUCUAAAAAGGAUUCUGACAGGGAUAGUUCAAAGACAAGCAAGAAGGACACCGAAAAGGAAGACUCUCGCAUUUUUGAGAAACCUAGCACUUCUGGCAUUGAGUAUCUGGAAAUCAAAAAAGAGAAAUCAAGCAAGAAAGAUGGCUCAAAGUUAUCUAGAUCAAAUAGCUACGAUGAUAGCAAGUCUCCGAAGAAAAAGAAAAAACAUAAUGAAUUUAAGGAUAUUGAGAAAAUCAAGAAUUUGAUCAACAAAUCGAGCAUAUUGAAUGAAAUCUCUGGUUUUAAAGACUUCAAGCGCAGAAGCUCAAGUGAUAAAUCAGAGCUGAAAAAGCUGUCAAAGUCGAAAAAACGUAAAAAAUUGGCAUUGUUGAAGGAAAAGAAACUUUCUAAGAAACUCUCAUCAAAGCUUCUGAGAAAAUAUUCGAAGAAAAAGGGUCUUAAAUCUAAGAAAAAUAAAUUAAAGAAAAAAGAGUUGCGAAAAGAAAUGAAAAAUUCCAUGUCAUCCGGCAAGCUACACUCAAAGAGCAAAAAACAGAAACAUAAAGCAAAAGGAGAUCAUCACAAGAAAGAUAGUCAAGAAAAAAUUAAAAAUCUUGAUUGUUCAGGUGCAGGUUCAACCAACAAGGUGGUGGAUAUACCUCCAUCGGAAGUCAUUGCUGCAACUGUGAAACCUGAUGUCUUACUCCCUUCCCUACCCUCUCCUUUACCUGAACAUACUAUUAUGCAACCUUGCAGAAGUGAUGCAAGCACAUCAGCUGUCAUAUUUGAAAUCAUUCCAGAAUCUUUGUCUGCUGGUAUCUAUACUCCAGUCAUGGUUCCAGAACCUGUCCCUUCCAUCACUGAAGAAAUUCCAAAAGGUUUAACCUCCUGUGACAGCAGCAUAUUAGAGGAAUCAUUCUCUUCUGGUACUAGUCUUACAGUAACUCAGGACACCCCUUUGCUAGCACCUUUUCAUUUUGUUCAAGAUAUUUCAGAACCCAAAAAAAUGGCAGAUGCCGCAACCAACACCGGGGAAGAUGACAUCGAAGCAAGUCUCAGCUCCAUCUCUGAAGUCCUUAAGAGUGACGAGAUGUCUGUAGGGACACAGACCAUCACCCCGGUUGCAUCACCUUCUCCAACAAUUGAAACAAGGACAUUUGCUUCCCAGGCUCAGACUGUGGUCAUACCAGCUGUGGUCACUGCAGUCCCCAGCAGUUCUGCUCAAACUGAUCUUCAAGCACCCAUUCAAGAACCUCGUCCAGAUAUCACUCCCAAACAACCUCCUCCCCCUGUUUCAAGACCGAAACCAUCCAGUAUGGCUGCUCCCAAAAUAGUGAAGAAGCGAGGCCCUAACCCGAAGAAGGUCACAAAAGUUGGCCUUCAUGCUGCUAGAGAGCCUUUUUCCUUGACUGUACCCAAGAUGGUGGCUGCUCCUGUAUACCACCCCACAGAGGAAGAGUUUGGAGAUCCCCUUGAGUAUGUCCUCAGGAUUGGGCCAGAGGCAAGCAAGUAUGGCAUCUGCAAGAUUGUGCCACCUCCCAGUUUUAAGCCUGAAUGCAAGGUCAAUGAUGAUAUGAGAUUUACCGCCCACAACCAGUUUGUUCACAAGAUGCUAUACAGGUGGGGUCCCAAUGUGCAGCACAGGGCUUGCAUUAGACGGCACCUUAGAUCACAAAAGGUGAAGCUGGAGCACGGACCCCUCAUUGGUGGUAUAGAACUUGACAUCUCAAGGUUUUACCACAUUGUACAACAGUUAGGAGGCCUUCAGCAAGUGAUAGAGAAAAAGAAAUGGCAGAGGGUUGCUGAUGCCUUGCAUGUUCCCAAGACGGCCCAAGAUCGAGUAACAAAGCUGUAUGAUGCAUACUGUAAAUAUUUGGUUUCGUAUGAUGUCCUUCCAAUGGAGGAGAAACAGAAAUUGGAGGAGGAAGUCUUGGCAGAUCACGAGAAGAAGUUAAAGAUGAGGAACGAGCCCAAGGAUCCAGAAAGAGAAGAACCUGAUGACGAAGAGACCAAUGACUGCGUGACCAAGGGCAGAUCUAUGUCUCUAAGCAAUUUUUUUCGUAUAGCGAGGAAUAUGAUGAGUAUUUGGUUCAAAAAUGAACCAGCACCUGAAGAGGUAGAGCACGAGUUUUGGAGGCUGGUGACAGAGCGAGAGCAACAUGUGGUCGUGCAUGCUGGAAAUAUUGACAGCAGUGUGUAUCAAAGUGGUUUUCCCAGUGCCAGAAACAGUCCUUUUGCCAAACAUUCCUGGAAUUUAAAAAUGCUGACUAACAACUCAAAGUCUAUUCUCCGCAGCAUGGGACCUGUCUCGGGAAUUACAAUUCCGACCCUCCACUUGGGCAUGCCAUUCACAACAGGAUGCUGGUACCGAGAUCCUCACUGCUUACCUUGGAUUGAGUACUUGCACACAGGAGCCAGUAAAAUUUGGUAUGGCAUUCCUGGAGAAGGUUGUGAAAAAUUCAGAGAAGGGAUGAAAAAGAUAAUGCCUGAGUGUUGCACCAAUAACCCCAUAUGGCUCCCAUCAGACACUGCCAUGGUUCCUCCUGAUCUGUUGGUUAAGAAUGGAGUUUCUUUAAGUCGAGCUAUUCAAGACAGCGGCCAAUUUGUGGUCAUUUUCCCAGAAUCCUUCACCUCGACCAUCUGCUCUGGGUACUGUGUGUCAGAAUCCGUUUACUUUGCUCCCUCAUCCUGGUUGGAUCUGGCUCCCAAAGCUUUCCAGGAUAUCCGUAGCAGUUGUGAGCCCUCUGCGUUUUCUUUGGAGCGCCUGCUCUUCAGUAUUGGCAAUGAUCCCCGGUCUCAGCCAGAUGCCUUACAGAAGAUUCUGCCAAUGGUGAAAGCUAUCAGGGAGAAGGAGAUAAACUUGCGAUUCCAGCUGAAUGAGGCAGGGGUAAAACAGAGUGAAAAACUUCCGAUUGAAUCCAGGGACAAGAAAAAAAAAUCCAGGGGCCCUGAGGAUGAUGGGGAGAAUGAGUGCGAGAUCUGUCGAACACACUGCUAUCUCUCUAUGGUUUUAUAUCCUCAAGAUGAAAGCAUCUAUUGUCUUCCACAUGCUUUAGAAAGUAUUCCAAAGAAGAAUCUCAAAUCCUGCAAGCUCAUGUAUACAUAUAGUGAGGUUGAACUAAAUGAAGUACAGAAGAAAAUUGAAGAACUUCUGGCAAGCCAAUUAGAAAAGGCCAAAAAGAAAUCCCCGAAGAAGAAAGCACUCAUCGCACCAGAUAAGUAG